AACAGCAGCCACACAUACUAAUGCUGCAGAGUGUGUGAUGUUGUUGUUUUAGCUCUGUAUAUUAUGAACAUUAUCUAUAGCUGCUAUAUGAAUAGUACAAUAUAAGACCAUUUCUAAGUGCAUACAUGAAUAGCCUUUUAUAUAUAAACCAUAAUCAGUGAUGCAUCAUAUACUCAAAAAGCUUUAAAGACAUCAUGAUACAAUUUGUGCUCAGACAUCAUAAAAGCAAUGUAAGCACAUUAUGAGUGCAUGAGGCAAAUAUAAAUGUAUAUUUAAAUUCAUGUAUAGAAGUGAAUGUAAUCGUUGUCGUUAAAUCUGGUGGAAAUGUGACACAGUCAAUUUCAAACAGUACAGUAUAGUUUAACUUACUGCCUUAGAAGUUAUGAAAAAAUCUUUUUAAUCUCAGCUGGACAGAAUCAGUAAUAUGCAUUAUGAGUGGUGACAUACUGUCAGUACAGAUACUGUCUAAGAUAUUACUGUAUGUGUGUGUUCUAAUUCAGUGGUUCUCAAACUCUUUCACAUCACGGAACUGACAAAAUUAGAUCUAAACCGAAAAUUUCAUUUAGAUGAAAUUGUUCAAAUUUCCACUGAAUUAACAUUAGACUGCAUAGAGUGAGUGAGUGAGUGAGUGAGUGAGUGAGUGAGUGAGUGAGUGAACCCAAAUUUCUCCCUGACACCCGCCAGGCUCUGUAGUUUAUACCAUAUGAAUACCAGUGUUUCUAAUCAAUCAAUCAAUCAAUCAAUCAAUCAAUCAAACAAACUUUAUUUGUAUAGCACUUCUCAUACAGGUUAGUGCAGUUCAAAGUGCGUCACAGGUGACUGAUGAGCCAAAAAGAAAAGGACAAAUCAACAAUGAGAUACAAUAAAUUAGAUUAAAAAAACUAGAAUAACAUUAGCAAACAAAAAAAAAACAUAAGAAAAAUAAUAAUAAAAGAACAGAUUAAAUAGAAUAUAAUACAAUUUACAAUGUAAUUACAACAAAAUAAGUGAAUAAAUAAAUAGAGUUUAUAUUUGGCAGAUGUAGAAAAUGGAAAAUUGGAAGUAGUAGCAUGACUAGUUAAAGUUGCAGUAAUGUCUGUGGUCGUGUGAUCCUUACACUGCAAAUUACUUUAUUUCACAGAAAUUGCAAUUUUGCUUUUAAACGAUGGUAAAACAUUUAAUAAACUUCAUUAAACAUCAUAUAAACUUACAUUUACAGCGUUUGCUUGCAGUACAUUUUUACAAAUCAUGCCAUCAGGAUCUGGAUUUACUGAUUCCAACCACUUCAAAUUCUCCUCCUCGCUAUGACAUGAAGCAGAGACCUCAUUUUCAUUGAUGUUUGAAUGAGGUAAAUUCACCUCUGGACUGUGUAUGCUGUUGUCAACAGUACUAUGUGCCCGUCAUUAUGAUCUUGCAGUGUAAUCAUCGUCAUGCUUAUUCCUGUAUUCAAGAACUGAACAUUCAACAGGAGAGCUUACAAGUCCAACUAAGCAGAGCCAGAGCAAAUGCCCAGAAGAAAGAACAGCACCAGAGACAGCUGAGAGAGUCCCUGCAGGCCCAAGGCAUCAACAGCAUCAAGCAUAUGCACCAACAGAAACAUCUAGAGAAGAUAAAACGAAAACAAGAGGAAUUCGAAGAGAGGCAGAAGUCAAACAAGGUGGCGAUUGUGGCAAAAAUCCUUCAGGAGGAACAGCUGGCGAAGAGCAGAAAGACGCACCAGGCAAAGCUGCCUAAACUCUCAACCACUGACAAGUUCUCGUCUCUGGGGAAGGCGAGAGAGAAGCUCCUGUACUACCUGGAUCCCAGCCCCCCACCAUCCAGAGAGGAGAGAGCCACAAUCUUACGAGAGUUCAGUGACGUAAGCAGCUCAUCGUCCGCUUCCUCUGACGGUGUGGACCUCGAGGAAACCACGCAGCAGGAAGUGGACCACCAGAGCCUGGCUGACAGCCUGGCUGAGCCUGAGUUCUCAGGGCUGUGGGACCAGAACUACAAGAAGCUCCCGAAUGACGAGACUUCAUUGGUGCCGACAAAAGUGAAGCCGGAAGAACCUGCAGUGUUCAGCGGGAAGCUCAUCACACCCGCUAAAAAAGGUCAUGGAAAAGAGUCGAGAGCGUCUCCCUUCAUCAGUAAACCAGAGGCCGUCCUCUUCAAGGACUUUGACGUGGGGAAAGUGUAUAAGAAGAAAAUCGUCCUGACUAACAUCAGCUACACCACGAACCACUGCAAGUUUCUGGGGAUCUCCGCUCAGCUGAAGGAUUUUAUCUUCAUCAGCUUUGAGCCUCCUGGUUUUUUAUGUGCUGGGAUGUCCUGUGACAUGCAGGCUGUUUUCCAACCUAUGAUCAACGAGGACCUGGAAGGAGAGCUUCGGUUUGCAUCAGCAGCAGGUCCCUUCUCUGUGCCUGUCAAAUGCACCAUAAAGAAAUGUGAUCUGGAGGUUGACAGCCAGUUAAUCAACUUCGGUUCACACGUGGUGGGCCAGACUAUUUCACGGACUUUCACCUUGACCAACAAGGGUGCGCUGGCCACACUCUUCAGCCUGGACACCUCCACACGUCUCAGUCCAGAAGCCGUCCGUGUCCAGCUGCCAUCUCAGGACUCUGCCCACACGUGCCAGGAGACAAGCAGUCAAAACACAACAUCUGACAGUCGAAAGAGCUCUGCAUCCGCGUCCACCGGAGGAAUCCAACCAAAGCAAGAAGAGAGUCAGGAGCUUUCUGAGGCGUCGCAGCAAGAGAAACCACACGAAGUGUCAGAGGCUUCAGCUGCCGCUCCAGAGGCCGUCCCUGAGGCUUGUGUGUCCACCGAUGCAGAGGCCCAGGAAGACGAGAGCCCCCCCGACACCAAUGACUUCAGUCUAGGAAAUGUUACAGAGGGGGAGAUCGGACCCUUUGACAGCAUCAAACUGGAGGUUGUUUUCACUCCAACUGUUCCAGGAGAGGCCACACUAGACUUCCACAUCAAGUUCUCCGACCCAUCCAACAAACCAAUACCCAUCCAGGUGAGGGGCACUGCCGUCAGCAUCCCUGUGUGGGUGGUUCAGCCCAGCAUUGAUCUGAAGAUCUGCAUGUUUGACCGCCUCUAUCAAGACAGCAUCAUGGUGCAGAGCAGAGCCAGCACGGCCUUGAAGGUGACUUUUGAGGUGUGCCCGGAAAUGAGGAAACACAUGGAGAUCUUACCGAAGACCGGCUUCAUCCAGGCCCAGUCCAGGUUUAAUGCCCAACUGAAGUUCCUGCCGAGACGCUCCUUAUCCGAAGACACCAACACCUUUUUUGACAGAGACACUGGAGUCCUGGAGGUUCCAAUGACAGUGCAAGUAGCAGGCCAGGUGCAGCCUGUUCAUUACACGGUCCAAGCAGUGGUGACCUCCUCCGACCUGCACUUCGACCGCACUGAGGUGAACUUCGGCUUCUGUUCCAUUUACCAGUCGGUCAAGAGCAGCGUCCGUCUCACCAACCGGUCCCUGCUGCCUCAGGACUUUGGCUUCUUGAGCGUUCCAGAGUUUAUGGAGGUCCAGCCUAAUGAUGGCUUUGGUACUCUGCUUCCUCAAGAGACCCUGGAGAUUGAUCUGAUCUUCAGCGCCAACAAGGCGAAAGAGUUCAGUUUCCAGCUCAGCUGCAAGUCUGGAAUUAACAGAGAUUUCUUGCUGUCCUGCCGAGCCGUGGGCGUCCGCCCUCCACUGGAGCUCUCCCAUUCUCUGGUCCAGUUUGGGGCCACGGCAGUAGGUGACCACUCCACCGCCACACUUCACCUGGUCAAUCAUGGCACCGACCGCCACCGGUCCAAACAACCUGUCACCCCUGUGGUCAAAGACGCUGUGGCUCCUGCAUCACCCAGGCUGUUCUCCUUCACCCCACCCAAGGAUUCAGACAUCAGCAUCACAGCCUCCGCAGGACAGCUGCUCCCCGGAGAGAGAUGCCUGGUGCAGGUGACGUUCAGACCCAGACUGUUGGAGCAGGAGGUCCAAGAGGAGGCGCUGCGUCUCCUCCAACGAGCCCGCGUGCUCCGGGAGAAGGAGGCGGAGAUGAACAGACAAGCGGAACAAGAGAUCCCAGUGGAACCCAGCAAAGGAAAAAAAGCGUCUGAGAAUCAGAAGAACAACAAGAUGUCAGACGAGCCAAAGACAGAGAAACUGACUGAAUCACCAAAUCCUGCCGACAUACAGCCGGGGUCAGAGCGGUAUGAGGAGGCCAUGGCGUCGCUGCUGUUCUCCUUCACUCAGCGCUACAGGGAGUACACCGUUCCCUGCUUCGUCUCAGACGGAGACCCGCCCGAGGAGGACAGACAGGCUCAGCCGCCGUGGAGUCCCUUCAACACGCUCUACCUGAAGCUGCAGUGUGCCGCGGUCCGGCCCUCUCUGGUGGUCGUAUCCAACGAUGGACACGGUGCAAUAGACUUCCAUCAGGUGGCAGUGGGGCAGAAGGUGAUUAAGAGAUUUACAGUUCAGAACAUUUCAAAGGAGUCUGUGGACCUGAGGUCGUCGGUGCUGGAUAUACACGGUCCCUUUAAUCUUCUUAAUGCUCUCAGAUCCAUAAGACCCGGGGAGAAACACACUGUGGUGCUCGCCUUCAGCCCGACUCAGGAGAAAACGUACUGUGAGACUCUGCAGAUCCAUGACCAGAAGAUGACUCUGGAAGUGACUCUGUGCGGGGAGGGCGUGGUCCCUGCUGUCACCUCGUCCCCCCCUGGAGGUCUCCUCGACUUUGGCUACGUGUUGGUGAAGGAGAGCACCUCACAGGUCCUAAAGUUGCAGAACAGCUCAGCGGUAGCGGUGGGGUUCAGGGGGCUGUUGGCCAGUGUCUCUCCCUCCAGGCCUCAGGGUGGAGCUGACCAGGUCGCCCCCCUGCUGGGCCGUUACACAGACUCUCAGGUCCAGCCGACUGUGGGAACCCAGAACUACAGUGGGCUGAGUGUUUUCGGCGUGGUGCCAGCAGAGGGCAGCAUUGCUCCAGGACAGAGCCAGGACGUCACUGUCACCUUUCAGCCCGACCACCCGUCUGUCAACUACUCUGACAGACUCACCAUAGAGCUCAUGAAUAAGAGUGAAGUGUGUGUGAUGGACCUGAAGGGCGCCGCCUCUUCACAUAACAUGUAUCUAUAUGGAGGAGACCUGCUGACUGUGCCCAUCGAAUCCCUCCUCCCUCCACUGACUCAGCUCACAGGAGAGUCCGAGGUGACGGAGAAGCCCAGCGUCCCUGUGCUAGUGACCCUGCGAGCUGGCCGCAGCGGGGGGGCUAUCACCCCUGCAGUGAGGGAGCUGCAUGUGGGCUGCAUCUGCUCCACACAGCCCAGUAAGAAGAGUGCCGAGUUUUACUGGGAUAAUGUGGCGUCCCUUCAGCAGCACGGCUUCAGUGUGGAUCCCAGCAAAGGCGUUGUGGAGGCGGGCCACAAACGCACCAUCACCGUCACCUGGACCCCUCAGAGCGGAUACAAGCCCUAUGAGGUGGUGCAGACAUGUGUGCCUCUUACCUUGAAGGGGGAUGAGAGGAACGUUUACAGAGUCACCUUGAUGGCUUUGGUCUCCACAAACGCUGACUGACCUCUACACAACCUGGACGACAGCCAGUGGGGAAAUCUGCUCACAUACACACACACACAAUUCAUAAAGACGUGAUACACUGUUUAUACUGUAUAUGUAACAAGCAAAAUGAUAUUAAAAUAAAUAGUGAGACACAUAUUUCUCAAACAGAGUGAGUCAGAUAUAGAGGAAUAUAACGAUGACAUUUUCAGUGACUAUCCAUUAAAACAACACAGUUUUGUUACAACAAUCCAUCUCCCUCCACCUUUGUGUAAAAGUGUCAGUUUUCAGUCAUAGACUCGCAGUCAUUCGUUCCAUUAUAUAGUCCUGCUUCGGUCUCUGCACCCGCUGAGUUCUGGUUGGUGGUUUUGUAUCUUUCCAUUUCACAUUUCUCAUUUUCUUGGCAAAUCAGUGGAAGAAUCUACGUUACACAUCUCUGAUCUGCGUCAUAGAUCCCUUUAGGUUCAGCUCCUAACAAACAAAUAACAGUGGAUCAAGGCGGACAUCCACUUGUAAAAGAAAAGCUGACUUAUUAAAAGUGGAACACACCCCCAUCAACCACUUCACUCAUUUGUAACUUGAGUGAAGUGCUUCAAUGCAUGAACCUAAUUCCACCACCAGGGUGUGUGUGUGUGUGAUGCCAAGUGAGCCGCUGGUUAACCGUGUGUCAGCUGAUGUGAGCCAGCAGAUGUGUAAAGUACAUACUGUAUAACUGCUGGUACUGUACACAUGAAGUGAAAGGAGACAGAGUUCACACUGAGGUCAGACAAGGUGCAGUGAAAUGUGAUCCAGAAUGGGACCAGAUUUUAAAGCAGAUGAAUGAUGCUAAAAAAAGUUAAAACAGCGACUGGAACUAUCGUGAAAUCGUCGCAGGUGCCACAGUAACAGCAAAAGAUGAAAACAUACCUUUAUUCUAAGUGGAAAUGAGAAUCAAAUAAAUAUAGAUUUUUAUUGUGUACCAGGCUGAACAAUUAUCUUUAGCUAACCAAAGCGUUUAUAAAUUACCACAAAUACAAAACAUACAACAUUACAGCCAGUUUAUAUACUCUAUAUAUUACAUAGUAUUCCAUAUACUAUAUACAGUACUCUUUACAAAGUACUGCAUUUCAUCUUUACCCAUUAACUGGUAAAGACGCUGAAUCUCAGUUUUUAAAUACAAAAUACUGAAUUCUGUACUAUUGAUUGAUAUAUAUAUAUUUUUUAAACUCAGUAAUUAAAUCUAUCCCUUCUCUUAAUAUUAAGAAACUGGUCUUAUGAAGUAUCUUAUGAUACGAACAUCAGUCAAAGAGGGCUGCGUUGAAAACCUCAGAAUCAAUAAAAUAAGGUGUUCCACAUUUUCAUUUCAUUUUUUCAUUUCAUUUUCACAGACCAAAAAACUUUAGAUUAACUUCAAACUUCUUGCUAUUUAUUUUACUGUAACAUUUUCUGCAAGUGGAAGAGCAAACACACACUUCCUCAGGUUUGUUUUUCAGUCACAGGUGUGACAGACUGUGGAGCAGCGGUUCUGAUGUGACCCACAUCUCUAUCAGAUGAACUCACGACCUGCGCUUCUUCAUCAGCUGAACAUUGUAUGUCGUGCUCCAAAUGUGUUUCUUUGAGAUGGUUUUGAGGCGAUGUUAAGAAUUACUAAAAAAAACAGUGGAUACUGUUACAACAGUUUCAUACAGUUGAAUUGUCAGUGUUUAGUUCAGAUAGUCUUUUAGCUAUUUUAGCCAUUUAUCCAUGAGCUUUCGCAAAUUAGUUGAAUAAUUACUUUUUAUUUUAACUACUUGAGCUGUUCAUCCAUUAAGUGAUUAUUCCAGCUGUUUAUUCGUUACCUUUGGCUGAUCAUUUUAAAUGUUUAUCUGGUACUUCUUAGCCAAAGAAGCAGCUUUUCAACUGCUUUCUUGCUGACUAGUUUUCAUGACAAGAUGUGGCUUUAGGUGGGGGUUGGUACAGCGCAGUCAGCCUAUUGUAACUGGUACCUUACCGGGUAUUGUGACAACAACUUUUUUUUCUUCUUUUUAUUCUCUAUUUUCUAUAUAUUUUCCUCCUAAACACAAUUUUUUUCAAUACAUUUUGAUCAAAUCAUCAUCAUUUUUUUUUCAGAAUUACUCCGUCUCAUUUUAAUCAUUAAAUUCUUCCAAAGAUGAGAGCUCACUUGAUAAACUGUACGUGACCAGGCCCCGUAGUAGAUGUGUAACAGCAGAUGUCAGUAAUGCCUCAAAAUGGACCAAUGGGCUCUGACCUCUCUGGGAGAUACAUGCCGUAAGCAUUUAUCAGAGAUUGUAGGAGAUUAUGCUAAAUCAGAUUACUGUACCCCAACCUGCCUAUAAAAAGCAAGGUCAUUAUGAGCUUAGCCUCAUGUAAUGUCACUGGUUUUAUGAAACGUAUGAGAUCAUAUUAGGCAAUAUUUGUAUUGCCAUUUUGCCUCUUUUUUUCUAAUCUGAUUUCUCCUCUUAUCUCUCGCUAAUACCGUGAGAUAGUGCUACUUAUGGUCCCUGCUUUACUGACGAGCGCUGUGUGAGCGUUUGUGCAUCUCUGUCGGCCUAUCUGUCUGUGAGCAUUGUCACAGUCAUUUUUGCACAGUGUACAUAUUUGUGUUGUAUAUAUUUGUAUUUUCUAUAACAUUUCUUCACAUUUUUAUUGUAAAUAUUUUAUAUAUUUUUUUUAUAUCUAUAUGUAAGCUAUCCGACCUUCUUGUUUUUAUCUUUGUUUAUAUUUCUUUUCUUCUUACUAUGUUUAUUGUUAUGCACCAAAACACCAAAGCAAAUUCCUCGUAUGUUAAAAACCUGAUUCUGAUUCUGGUUCUGAUUCUGGUUCUGGUUCUGGUGUAUGAACAGCCUGUGAAUGUGACUUCACUAAACAGUCGCAGGGAAGUGAAGAUGCUCAGAACAGUCGUCUUUCUUGCAGGUCACGCCCAUGAAUUUGAACAUUCGAAAUGAGACAAAACACCUUUACAGCCAUUUUAUUUGCAGAUUAUCAUCAUCACAUAGUAAGUGGUAUAAGUCAUAAAAAGAAUAAACUUGUGUUUACUACAAAUAAAAAUACAGAAAUUA